CCCAAACACUGACUACACGGACUCAAAAGUGUGUAUUAAAUCCAGUUAAAUAAUCCGGUUAAGUCCCACUCAUCUCUCCCAUCUGUAUGUAUACAUGUAUGUAUGUAUCUGCGGCAGACAAGCAGUGAGCCAGAAAUUCAGACAAGAACAAGAGCAGUGCUGUGUUUACUCGCAAGCUGAUGGAAGGGGGUGGUCAACACUACAAUCCUCGUACAGUUGAAGAGGUUUUCAGGGAUUUCAAGAGCCGCAGAGCUGGAAUUAUUAAAGCUCUUACUACUGAUGUUGUGGACUUUUACCAGCAGUGUGACCCUGAGAAGGAAAAUCUUUGCCUUUAUGGGUUUCCCAAUGAGCGGUGGGAAGUUAAUUUACCUGCAGAGGAAGUGCCCCCAGAGCUUCCAGAGCCUGCACUUGGUAUAAACUUUGCAAGAGAUGGGAUGCAAGAGAAGGACUGGCUAUCUUUGGUUGCUGUCCACAGUGAUGCAUGGUUACUUGCUGUUGCAUUUUACUUCGGUGCUAGAUUUGGAUUUGAUAGAGCUGACAGAAAGAGGCUUUUUAAUAUGAUUAAUGAUCUUCCAUCAAUAUAUGAAGUUGUGAUGGGGAUUGCUAAGAAACAGACAAAGGAAAAAUCUGCCGCAUCAAAUCAUAGUAGCAGCAAACCUAAGUCAAAUCCCAAGCGCAUCAUGGAACCUCAGGGAAAGUUUUCGAAGGGACUACAACAAAAAGAUGAGGAUGAGGAUGAGGAUGAAGAGGAUGAAGGGUUAGAAGAAGAGGAUGAUGAGCAUGGGGAUGCUUUGUGUGGAGCAUGUGGCGAGAAUUAUGGACAGGAUGAGUUUUGGAUCUGCUGUGACAUUUGUGAGAAGUGGUUCCAUGGGAAGUGCGUGAAGAUCACCCCAGCGAGGGCUGAACAUAUCAAGCAGUACAAAUGCCCUGCUUGUAGCAACAAAAGGGCACGUGUUUGAUUGUGGCCGAGACAGCAGAAUCCCCUUAAUCUGCCUAUGGUCUAAUUUCCGGUUCUAGUCUCGGCAAUGAAACAAGUAUCUUGAUUGUCACUUUUAGACCUACUCUUGCAUUUCUCAAAAUUGUUGCUAGUUAUGUAGGAUGAUGCUUCUUUUGUUAACCUAAAGAUGGUACAAUCUGGAUGCUUAUUUUCUCUGUUAGAAUACAUGUUUUCGAACUUAGAA